CACAGUGUAAAUAAGUCAGUGUAGCUUCAUCGGCUCGAGACGAGACAUGAACGAAACACUGGGCAUUUGAUGAGCUAACGCUAGCUCAAAGGGGCGGGAAGUGAAUCUGAAGCAAGACCUCAACGCUAAAUAGCAGAUCACACAGGCCGCCGAUGGGGCUGUUUGACAAGUUGGCAGGAUGGCUCGGGUUGAAGAAGGAGGUCAAUGUUCUGUGUCUUGGUUUGGACAACAGUGGGAAGACCACAAUCAUCAACCAACUAAAGCCCUCUAAUGCUCAGGCGCAAGACAUCGUCCCGACCAUCGGCUUCAGCAUCGAGAAGUUCAAGACAUCCAGUCUUUCCUUCACAGUGUUUGACAUGUCUGGUCAAGGCAGGUACAGAAACCUUUGGGAGCACUACUACAAGGAAGGCCAGGCUAUCAUAUUUGUCAUUGAUAGUUCAGACAAACUGAGGAUGGUAGUAGCCAAAGAAGAACUGGACACAUUACUAUAUCACCCUGACAUUAAGCACAGGAGGAUCCCCAUCCUGUUCUAUGCGAACAAGAUGGAUGUCAGGGAUGCUGUGUCUUCUGUCAAGGUCUCACAGCUGCUCUGUCUGGAGAACAUUAAAGACAAACCCUGGCACAUUUGUGCCACCGAUGCUCUGAAAGGAGAAGGUUUACAGGAGGGAGUGGACUGGUUACAAGAUCAAAUCAAAACAAUGAGAACGUGAGGACAUGAAGAUGGACGCGCCGGAAGAAGCAGCAUCCAUCGGAGUGUUUUAUGAAAGAUGAGUGGACCCUGUUUUCAGAGGUACCAUCUGAUAGUCAUGUUUUUACUGGAGUAUUUAGAUGGUUCUUGGUUGCGUCUGGUUUCGUUUGAAAAACAGGUUCAUGAUUGGAUUCUCCUGGUACCAGUCGUACAGCUGUCACAGGGGGCAGUAAAAUAUGAAAAACAAUAUUUUAUAUUCAUCACAUCCAUUUCUCAAUAUCUUUGUGUAACCGGCUCACAGGAAUUAUGAUGAACUGUAGCUGCAUUUAAGUAACGGAAUUGUGAUGGUUGCUGUCUUCAUUUUGGGGAGCAUGAAUACUUGGGAUGUUGGUGGGUGUUUUAUUUUCUAUGUUUUAGCCUCUUAACUGUCUGAAAAAUGGCAAAUGCCAGCUUCCCUGAAGAGAAGACAUGUUCCACAGCUGAUUCAGAGCAGCACCACAUGACACCAGAGAGGCUACACUCCCUUGUGUGUUGUGCUCAUAUUCGUUUCCAUCUGCAAUUGUAUUGCCACAGCUUGAGAGCAGGUGAGAGUCUCUGCCUCAAGCCUCAAUGCAUCAGAUAUAUUUCUAAAAAUAGUUUUGUUAAUACGUUAAAUUGAGUCAAUCUGUAUGUAAUGAGCUAAUACAUAUACCUGAAGCAAGGUCCUUUAGAAAUAUGCCAAAUGCUCCAUUUCUGUUAUCAUUUGUCCGUGUGUCUCUCAGGACCUCUGUACAUUAGUAUUCGUGAUUUGUUUGAAGUAUAAAGCAGAAUAAUUUUUAUUUUUGUUGACAAUACCAAAAUGAUCAUGCAUUCCAGUGAUCAUCGCCUUUUUCAAACUUGCAUAUUGGGCCAUCUCACUGUCGCAUAGAAAACAAGAUUUACUAUAUUUUUACGGUUUCUCUGCUCAUGUUUUAUUAACGAUUACGAACAACUGUUUUCCAGAACCCUCUCGCUUAUGUUGGGCAUGUUGUGAUUUGUGGCUGAUCUGUUUAGAAUGAAUGUCAAGUAAAUUAGUUUGCUUCCAAACCAAAACUUGUCUUUAGAAAUCUAUGUUUAACCAGUGUUUUUAUGUUCGCCUUAUUUCUGUGCACUCACAAAUACAAAUAUAAUUCAAAAAACUGCGUCACACAAUUUACUCUGUACUUUAAUAAUUUAAAGGCAGAAAACUAAAAAGAAAAAUCAUCUCACUCUGCACACGUUUUUUAAGGCAAACCUUUGAUCUUCUUCUUUAGUCUGACUGAAAGCUUGCAUUUAAAAAAAAUCUGUACAGACCAGUGUGUACAGUGAGGGAGAGGUGUUUCACAGCGUUGGGGUAAUUUAAAUGGAAAAAGGAACAACUGACAGAAAUGUAUGAUAAAAUAUGAAUCUAAAAUAAUCUGGUUUUAUUUGAUUUCUGCUGUAUCGUGUCUAUAAAUGUCUCAUCUGUAAAGAUUGUUUUCUAGUCUCACAAUUUGCUAGAUUUACUGGGACAUGUUUCAUAUCCCUCUGUCACCUCACAAGGUGUCCUUGGGAGGUCAUCUUUCUUAUCCUCCAGACAUCUAUUUUAUAACACUUUGACCCCUUGAGCCUUGAGUUUACUUUAGCCUUAGAGACGUGGUAGAUUGAUUUUAUCAAAUGUGCGGUGUGUGUUUUGAUCAUUACAAUGUAUGUGUUUAUUUUUCAAAGAAUAAAUGCUGUAUUGAGAAUGAA